GCGCAGCCACAGUAAAGGUUAGUACGAAUCUCCCUAAACCUUACUCCUUUCUUCCCCUACCCUCCCGCCGCACUCCGGCGUCGCCGUCGCACCGGCCUCCAGGGAACACCUGACAAGGUCGAGGUCCGCUCGCUACACGGCCUGUCGAGCCUUCGCGCUCACACGUCCCGGGUCGGCGGCGUUUCGCUGAAGUGGCAAAUAGCUUCAAUCUCUAACUUGUUGUACCGCAAACAAAGCGCAAUCAAAAAUACUCUACUAUCAUUUCAUCAAACACUUGAAAGUUGAAAGGAAUAGGCAUUAGUAAUAUAGAUAAUGGGGAAGAAGAAAUUCAUUGACAAGAGAAAUGCUGCUACUUUCCAACUUAUUGCUCGUGACUCCUCGGACCCAGCAUUCUCCACCUCGGACCGUGUCUUCGUCCGAGUUGACAACAAUCCCCUUUCCAAUGACUCUAUUUUUGAUGAUGCCCCCGAGGACUGUGAUGACAAUGACAGCCUCAACGGGGAUGAAGGUGCGUUGCCAGAUGAUGUGAGGAGGGAAAUUCUAGAACUAGGGUUUCCGGAUGAUGGCUAUAACUACUUGGAUCAUAUGAGGGAAAUUAAGAAUACUGGUGGUGGUUCUGCUUUCUUUAACAACCCCAAGUUCAAGCUUCAACACGUUCCUCGUGAUAUUAAGGCGUAUGAUGCUUCGAGAUUACAAAUUUCAGAGGCGGAUAAAGAGCCCGAGGAAAACACUAUAUACACUGUUGCAGCCAAGACUACCAGCAUAAGGGUUCAGAAAGCAAUUGAUCCUGAAGUAGCUGCGCUGCUUGAUGAUACUGAUUUGUCACGGUUUGGUUCUGAUGUUGAAGAUUUGGAGGAAGACUUUGUUGUACAAGCUAACCUUGAUGAGGAUGAAAAUGAUGAAGAGAAGGAGCCUAUAUGUAAUGGUACAAAAUUUGCUGAAGAAUCUAUGAUAAGUAGAAGCGAAAACAAUGCACAAGUAUUGCAAGUUUCUGCUCAUUCCAGAGUUAUAGAUGACUAUGGAUCUUUGGAUGGGGUAACAAAUAACGAAGCAGGAGAGGACUGUGCUGGUGACAAACCGAGAGCUCGUCGUUUGUUGGAUGAACAAUUUGAUUUACUGGAACGUCAAGAGUAUGCAACCGAUGAUUACGGUGAAGAUGAUGAUGAUGAUGGUGAACUUUAUGGAAAUUAUCAAGCUGAAGAUGAGUUCCUUGCUGAGAAGCUCAAAGCCUCUCUUAACAACCACACGAUGGACAGCCUAGAACCUGAUGACGACACUUACAAGGUUCCUGCAGAUUUAUUGAAGAAAAAUGAGGCCCCAAAUAGCGAGGAGCAAGAGGACUUUGCUGCUGAUUUGAUUCGCCGUACUAAGGAAUAUGGUGAGGGGUAUGAAGUUGAAGAUGAAGAUAAGGAUGUUAUACUUGUCCAAGAAAGUAGUGAUGAAUCAGAAGUUUGGGAUUGUGAGACUAUUGUUUCAACGUACUCAAAUCUAGAUAACCACCCUGGGAAGAUUGAAGCUCCUGGUGUAGCUAGGAAAAAGAAAUUGGCUGAAACUAUGUCUGCAGCCUUGAGUUCCUCUAGUCCAAUAAUUUCCCUGAGGGGAAAAGAGAAACUCCCUGUAGACUUCUUGCCUGGGGCUAAAAAACCUGCUACUGAAAAGGUUAAAGGCCCGAGCAAUGCAAGUACUGAGCAGUACAAGAGAAAACAACAUGGCCUAGAGUCAAAGGAGGAGAAGAAAGAACGAAAGGCUGCUGUGAAGGAGGAAAGGCGUGAGGCACGACGCGUUAAAAAAGAAAUGAAAGAGCUUUAUAAGGGUGAAGCACAUCGCGCACAAAGAGCUGCUGCUGUAUCUGGUCCUUCUUCCAUUCAUCUCAUGUAAGUUAACAAAUACAAGUACCAGCUCUUUGCUAUGGGGAAGCUUGUGAGGUUCUAGGAUAUUUUCAUACAUCAUUACAAAAUUUUGCCACAAGAGUACUUCAGUGUUAACAUCGCUGUUCUGGGUUUUUGGUCCAAAGCAAGACGGUACUCGAGUUUGAGUUAAGGUAAAGCAAAAUUCGGUACUUUGUUUUGGCAGAGUGAGUAUUUGGCUUUUGAUUUGUAGAACUAAGUCCGGCAGCCGUGUCCUUUGUUUUGGCCUUAAUUAUAGACAAAGAUAUGUACUAAUAACUUAUUUUAUAUUUCCGGUAGUUUUAGUUGUGGUUUACUGAAGAAA